GGGGGAGGAGGGAGGUGAGGGGUCAGCGAAGAUGGCGGCGGCCUCGGCCGACGUGUUCUGCCUGUGCGCGGGGCCGGCCGGCGCCGCCCGGGCCGCCGUGGAGGUCCGCUUCGUCAGCUCCGCCAAGGGGAAGGGGCUCUUCGCCAGGCGGCCGCUGGCCAAGGGGGAGACCAUCUUCCGGGAGCAGCCGCUGGUGGCCUGCCAGUUCCCGUGGAACGCCCUGUACCGCUACCGAGCGUGCGGCCACUGCCUCAAGUCCCUGGAGACGGCGGAGGAGAACGCCCGGCGCCUGUCGGGGAACGCCUGCCGGGUCCUGCCUCACCCCGAGCUGUGCGCCGUCCGCCGGGACCUACACCGCACCUGCCCCUCCUGCCAGGUGCCCUACUGCAGCGCCGAGUGCCGGGAGGCGGCGGCCCGACAGUACCACCGCACGCUCUGCAUGGGCCCCUCUCACCGGGAUCCCGAACACCCGCUCAACAAGCUGCAGGAGGCCUGGAGGAAUAUCCACUACCCCCCGGAGACGGCCAGCAUCAUGCUGAUGGCCAGGAUGGUGGCCACCGUCAAGCAGGCCGAGGACAAGGAGCGCUGGAUCAGACUCUUCUCCCAGUUCUGCAGCAAGACGGCCAACGAGGAGGAGGAGAUCGUGCACAAACUCCUGGGCGACCAGUUCGAGGGUCAGCUGGAGCUCCUGCGCCGCCUCUUCGCCGAGGCGCUCUACGAGGAACGGCUCGGCGGGUGGUUCACCCCCGACGGAUUUCGCUCCCUCUUCGCGCUGGUCGGCACCAACGGGCAAGGGAUCGGGACGAGCUCCCUGAGCCGCUGGGUCCAAGGCUGCGAGGCCCUGGAGCUGAAGCCCCGGGACCGUCGGCAGCUGGACGCCUUUAUCGACCAGCUCUACAAGGACAUCGAGAGAGAGACGGGCGAGUUCCUGAACUGUGAGGGGUCGGGCCUCUACGUGCUCCAGAGCUGCUGUAACCACAGCUGCGUCCCCAACGCGGAGGCCUCGUUCCCCGACGACGACUCCCUCCUGCACUUGACGGCGCUGGAGGACAUCGGGGCCGGAGAGGAGAUCUGCAUCAGCUACCUAGACCGCUGCCAACGCGGACGGAGCCGGCACAGCCGCCGCAGGAUCCUCCGGGAGAACUACCUGUUCGUCUGCUCGUGCCCCAAAUGCGUGGCGGAGGCGGACGACCCCAGCGUGACCUCCGAGGAGGACGACGACGAGGAGGAGGAGGAGGAGGAGGCGGAGGCGCCGGGCGGGACGGAGGCCGCCGAGCUGGAGGACGAGAUGACGGACGUUUGACGCGCCACCCCC